AUGUUUCUUGUUAUUAAUUUAUUAAUUGACUUUGUAUACUGGCUCAAUCAGAAAUUUAGAUACUUUUCAGAUUUAAUUAUUGGUACAGUUUUUGAACCAAGAUGUGACAUUGUAUUAAUCACAGGAGGUGCUAGUGGAUUAGGAAAACAACUUGUUCUACAGUUGAAAUAUAAAAAGGCAAAUGUAGUAGUAUUUGAUAUCAAAAUCCCAUCUGAACCAGAAAAAGUCCCCGGGGUUGCUUAUUAUCAAUGUGAUGUAAGUGAUAGACAACAGAUUUUGCAAACACAAAAAAUGGUUCAACGAGAAAUUGGAGUUGUUACUGUACUAAUUAAUAAUGCUGGUAUUGCUACUGGGAAAACAGUAUUAGAUUUAUCAUAUCUUGAAAUUGAAAAGACUAUUCAAGUCAAUUUAUUAUCAAGUUUUUAUACCAUUAAGGCAUUUCUUCCAGAUAUGAUUUUGAAAAAUCGUGGAUAUAUAAUAACUAUUGCUUCGGUGUUGGGGUACAUGUCACCAGCAAGACUAAGUGCAUAUGGUGCUUCCAAAUCGGGAUUGAUUGCGUUGCAUGAAUCAUUGACGUAUGAAUUGGGAUCUCCAUCAUUGAAUCCCCAUGGCAUUAAAACCUUAUUAGUUUGUCCAGGUCAGUUGAAAACAGGAAUGUUUCAAGGUGUUAAGACUCCAUCAACUAUACUUGCACCAGAACUAGACCCGAAAUUUGUUGCAUCUUAUGUAGUAAAUGCAAUAGAACAAGGACGACGGGGAGAAAUCAAAUUGCCUUUGUACGGGAAAGUGAUACCAAUUUUCCGGGCAUUUCCUUGGCCAAUUGUAGAGUUAACAAGAAAAAUUUGUGGUAUUGAUAAAAGUAUGGUUGAAUUCAAGGCAAAGCUUUCAAAAGUAGCUAGUAGUGUUUCAUCAAUGACAAAUUUUUCAUUGAAUGGGUCUAAUAAUGUAUCUGCGACUACGGCAACUGAACUGCUACACGUUGAUAGUACAGCUAGUAGGAUAAGUGAUAGUCGUACCAACAAGGUGGUGUUAUUAUCAAACAAGGAAUAA